AGUUUGCGUAACCACAAACAAACCCCUUGGCAACCGCGGACGGAGCUUCAAUUAAAUGGGAAUUUUGAUCUUUGUUUUGAAAUGCCAGUCGUAACAAAACCACCAAAAGACAGUCAGGCCAGGACAAUCCAUGAAGCGGUGAGACUAGGAGACGUGAAACAACUGGCUGUAAUAGUGAAGAAUGGUGGUGACAUUAACGAUGGGGACAAGAAACACAAAUUCACCCCACUCCACUGGGCUUCUCAUGCAGGCAGUCUGGAGUGCCUGCACUGGCUUCUGUGGCAUGGUGCUGACCGCACAUGCGCAACACCUCAGGGCUGGACUGCAGCGCACAUAUCAGCCAUUAGGGGGCAGGAUGCGUGUAUGCAGGCACUAAUUGUGAAUGGGGCCAACCUCAAUGCUCAGGAUAAUAGAGGAUGCACCCCGACCCACCUUGCUGCUGCCCAUGGACACUCUUACACUCUCCAAAUGGUCCUGCGUGGUGAAGUGGACUGUAACUGUGCUGACAGUAAUGACUGGAGGCCAGUUCACUACGCUGCAUUCCAUGGGAGAGUGGGCUGCCUGCAAACCCUCAGUAAAUGGGGAGCAAAUGUUGAUGAAGUGGAUAGUAAUGGCAACACACCAGCUCACUUGUCAGCCAUGGAGGGCCAUCUCUUCUGCUUUAAAUUUCUGGUGUCGAAGGGACUGAGUAUAGCCCAUACACUUGGAGCCAGAAACAACCAGGGAGAGACUCCGAAAGAUCUUGUCCAGCGGUUUUGCAAGCCACAUGUUCUUCAGUACAUAGAACUGAUUGAAAAGCAGAAUGAUCUCCCUUUGGAGCAGGAAAAUGUAGCCUUCCCAGGACACAGAGCAGCCUUGCAAGGAGACCUGGAUACCUUGCGGAACUUGGUGGAAUGCGGAAUCAUCAACAUCAAUGAGAGAGAUGACAAGGGUUCGACUCCCAUGCAUAAAGCUGCUGGUAAAGGUCAUCUGAACUGCCUCCAGUGGCUUUUGGAGAUGGGUGCAAAUCAGGACAUCACAGACAAUGGAGGGGAAACUGCAAAGGACACAGCUAGAAGGUUUGCUCAGUUAGCAGCCGUGAAGGUGCUGGGGGGAAGAGGCUUAGAGGAUGACUCAGAUGAAGAGGAGAUAGCUGACCCACAUGGUGUGGAAGGGAGUACAGACAGCUUUGAGGAAGUGGCUCUGAGUGCCACCCAGAGGAAGGAGCAAAGAGUGAGAGCAUACCAAAAAAUUGAGGACCUUACAAACCUGCUGGAGAUUGCAAAAAAUAACUACAAGCAGCUUGGAGGUCUGCUAGAAGAAGAGAGUAGGCAGCGGAAAGAAGCUAAGGAGGCUCAAAGAACCAUAGAGGAGCUGGAGGCACAGCUGGAGUUUGAGAGAGUACGCCGGGAGAAACUGGAAUUACAGCUGGAUGACUGCAGGGCAGAAAUUGGGCAUCUCAAUCAGUGCCUGCAGGACCUGAGUAUCACCCCAGACGAAAGUCCCCAGGCAAUCCAGGCUAGGGGAAAAAAGAAAGUGAAGAAGAACAGAAAGAGUGAUGUUGGUGGAGUGUUUGUGAAACGGAUACAAUAAAAGAAAAGACUUGGUCAGGUGCAUUAUGAGCAAUCUAAUUAAUUGGCAAUUCCAGCGUUAUGGAUGUGACAUUUAGACACAAAAUGACAGAUAAAACCCUUCAGAAAAAUUACUCUUCUUACAUGAUAAAAAAUGUUAAUGCAUAUUGUCAUAGCACCUACUUGGCAGAGGGAGGCAAAACAUUUUUCACAAAAAUAUUAAGCCAGAAAAUGUGACAAAUAACUUGCGUUAUGGACGCAAAAAGACAGGUAUUUUGGGGAGACUAUACACUUUGUAAUGCAGAAAGGUUGAUAUCCAUGUAUUGUAGGAGGCUUGGUUGAACAUAAAAAUAGCAAUUUUGAAAAUACUUAUAUCUUUGUCUUCAGAUGCACAUUGUUUGACGAUCUACUUCCCAAUUAAAUUUUUAUCAUAACACAUUUGUUGUCAUCUGAAAUGGUGCUGAAUAUCAGUUUUGACAUUGUGAAAACCAUCUGAAAUGAUUUUUAAUGUUUUCAAGAUGGCCGCCAAAUGGCAUUGAUUUUAAUGGUAAUGGGACUAAUAAUACAUU